AUGCUGCUGCUUGCUAACAUUCUCCAUUGGUUCUUUCUAUUCUUAGCCGUGUAUGGCGCAUGCAUUCCUCUUAGAGGACCUCUCGAGAAUGGCAAUUCUACCAUCAACCCAGAACAUAAUGAUCUCCAUGUCUUCUCCAAAAGAGCUUCCAGGGUAAAUCUGAGAAUCCUCCCUCUCGGAGCCUCAAUCACCUUUGGUCAGAACUCCGCUACAGGGAACGGAUACCGCAAGCCCCUGCGUGAUGAGCUCCGCUACCAAGGCUGGGAGGUGAACAUGGUAGGGACCAAAACCCAGGGGACAAUGGUCGAUAAUAAUGUAGAAGCACAUGGAGGCGAUAUAAUCGACCAAGUCAAAUCUGCCGCUCAAGAUUCUCUACCCUAUCGACCGAACGUGGUGCUAAUCAACGCUGGGACCAACGACUGCGCCCGAAACAUCGACAUCGACAAUGCCGGUGGACGCAUGCGAUCUCUUAUCGAAAGCGUAGUCAAUACAGAAGAUAUGGAAAAGACCCUGAUCGUCCUGUCAACAUUAAUCCCCUCCCAGGUAUCCUCCACUGAGGCCAACAGGCCCUCUGUCAAUCGACAAUAUAGAGAACUAGUCUCCACAAUGCGCGGGGAGGGCAUCUCAAUCGUCCUCGCUGAUAUGGAUCCCGAGGCUCCCUCCCCGGGGCACGGCUGGUUGCAUUAUCCCGAGGACUACACAACAGGGGAUAACCCACCGGAUGAUACCCAUCCCAAUGAUAAGGGGUAUAGCAAAAUGGCGUAUAUCUGGUCCCAGGCGAUUGACGAAGCCGCUGAUGAAGAACUGAUUGCAGAACCCGGGCCGAUGGCACCGGUACCGUGCGAGAAGGACUACGGUGAUGGGGUCGAUGCGGGAGGUUUGACGCAACGAGGCAGCGGUCUGGACGAUGGUAUCUAUUAUCAUGAUUCGCAAGAGAAGGGGACCCUUCUUUCACUGGAUAGUCAAGGAGAUGACGGUGAUCAUUUCUUUUUCGCGCGUCUGUUCCGUCGUGAGCGCGAUGAUCUACUCAGAUGGAAUAAGAACGACGACGCCGUAGUCUAUCAUACCUGGAAAAACACGGGGAAUGAGAAGGGGAUGUUCAAGCGUAUCGGUGAUGUCAGUGUUGCAGAUAAUUGCAAACCUGCUGGUGUGAACUUCAUCGAUAUAAAUGCCGACGGCCUGGACGACUUCGUAUGUAUUGCGCCAGAUGGGACGGCGUUCGCCAGUAUCAACAAGGGAGACGGAACCGACUCGUCGCCUCCUAGCUUCCACUACCUGGGCAAAAUCAAAAACCCGGAAGGCUAUCCAAGGGAUAAUGUUCGACUUGGCGAUGUAGACGGAGACGGUCGUGCAGAUUACUGCGUUGUGCAGAAUAACGGGGAUACCUACUGCUGGCGCAAUGGCUGGAUCAAGGAUGUCCCCGAGUACUGGCAACCCUUGGGUAAGCAAUUCACAGGAAACAACAUGGAUAUCGAAGGGCUUCGUUUUGAAGACAUCAAUGGCGAUGGGCGCGAUGAUUACCUCUGGGUAAGAGAUGACGGACAGAUAACAACAUGGACCAACUCCCGAAGCUGCAUCAAAGGCAAAGACGGUGACGGGUUGAACAUCGUCUGGCGCCAGGGUUACCACAAGGGAAAAACUACAGGACCAACUCACGACGGUAUGGGCUCAGCACACUCUGGUCUUCGAGGACGCAUCCAUUUUGCCAGAAUCUACGGCGAGGCUCAAGAUUUCGGACUCCUGGGACGUCAGGACUAUGUAUUUCUCGAAAAGGCCGCAAACAGGGUGAAUCUUCGCGUAUGGAAGAACAUCGGCUCGGGCGGUACCAAGAUCAAAGCCGACGGGAAUAGAUACUGUAACAUGCUAGGCCACAGCAACGGUAUGAUGGACUACGUGUGGAUUCUAUCCAAGGGCAAGAUGACUCUGUACCCAAAUAAAGGCCUGAAUACAGUGUCCGAUAACGGUGAGAGCUUCUGGGGACCCAGCUCCACCAUCUUUGACCCGAAUGCCAUGUCGAUCGCUCGGGACGUUGACCGAAGAGACUUGCAUCUGAUGGACUGGGACGGCGACGGAGCAUGCGAUAUUGUGUGGACGGAUCCCGACAACGAUAAUCGCGUCCACCUUUGGCGCAACCGCAUUAAGGAAACCGGUUCCUUUGACUGGGAAUAUCAAGCCAACCCGGCACCAGAUCUUUACUGUCCGGAACAACGAGGACAGGGGAUAUUCGACACGUCGGUCCGUUUCGCGGAUAUCACGGGGAACGGCCGAGACGACUAUCUUUGCGUGGAGAGGGACGGUCGUACAUGGGGAUGGGUACACGAUGAUAAUCACUGGGAAUACAUUGAUCAGUUCAAGUUCUCCGAGGGCAAGGAUCGAGCGAACCUACACUGGGCAGAUGUCGAUGGCGACGGAAGGGCCGACAUGAUCCAUACGGACAAGUUCACCGGCGACGGCAGCGUCUGGUAUAAUCGCGGUCGACGGGACGUGGGUGGCUCGAGAUUCGAAUGGCAGUCUGUCGGAGCGAAAUACAAAGGCGCCGUAGCGGGAUCGUGCAUUUAUUUUCCGGAGCUGAGUGGAAAUGGUCGCGCCGAUAUGCAUUCGAUCACGCAUGCUUUGGAUAACACGGCCAGGACUUUGUUCAAUCGUUGUACGCCGCCGGAUUCGACGGGGGAUGAUGGGCCCAUUACGGAUCCAAAUCUCCCUGAACCGAGUGGUUGA